CCCUUCCCCAACUUCCAAACCUUCAAUACGACCCCCAACAGCCACCAAACCUUCCCCUCCGCGAGCUCCACGACGACUUCUCCGGCGGGCUUCUUCCACCGCACCACAAGACAGGAAAUCCAGCCUCGAGAGAUCCCAAAUCCAGCUCACUAGACAAAGCCAAAGCGCCGAGCCCGCCGCACAGUAGGCUGCAGCAACGGGACGCAGGAGACCAGCGGGGCAACCAACAAGCCAAGCAAGGCAUCCGCUCCGCCGCUCCGCUCCGCUUGCCUUGCCCCACACCACCUCUCUCGCCGGCCGCGCCUCCCCAACCCAAAAUCCCCACCCCAAAAAUCCAAAACUCAAACCCUCUCCCGUCCAUGUCGUCCCGCUUCCUCGUGCCGCCGCCGGGGGCCGCCGACCGGGCGGGGGGCGACGCCGGGGACGCGGCGCUCGCGCGCGACAUCGUGACGCUCCACAAGGCGCUCUCCCUUGACCCCAAUUCUUCCUCCUCCUCCUCCCGCCGCCGCCGCUCGCUCCCGCUCCCGCUCACAGCCCCGUCCGUCGCCGACCAGGCCCGGCAGAAGCCCAGGCUGAAGCCUUCCUCCUCCGCGCGCAGGCUCUUGCCGUCUGCUUCGUCGUCGUCGGGCGCAGCGGCCUCGACAUCCUCGAGCUCGUCCUUCUGGAAGAAGUCUCUGACGGCCAUCUCGCACCUCGGCCGCCGCCGCCUUGAUUGCGCGUUCACCCUGCACGUGCACUCGGUGGACGGCCUCCCCGCCGCGCUCGAUGGCUCCCCGAUCUCCGUCCACUUCCGCCGGAUGUCCCUGAGCGCGUCCACCCGCCCCGUCGCGGCGGCCCUCGGCGCCGCCUCGUUUGAGGAGGUGUUGACGCAACGCUCGCCCGUCUACUUCUCCCGCAGCGCCAAGGCCGCGGUCAAGUACGAGCCUCGGGCGUUCAUCGUCGUCGCCUCCACCUCGGCGCUCGAGCUCGGCAAGCACGAGGUUGACCUCACUCGCCUGCUCCCGCUCUCCUUCGACGAUCUCGAAGAGGGUGGCGGCUCUGGGUUCGGGAAGUGGAGCACGAGCUUCCGGCUGUCCGGCCCAGCCCGCGGCGCGCGGCUCAAUGUCACCUUCUCGUGUGCGCUUGUAGGCGCCGGUGCGGAGCAGCACAAGGGAGGGGAGGUGGCGGGGCUGAGGCGUGGUUCCAUGGCGCGGCAGGUGUCAGUGCAGACACCUACACCAGUUCCGGCGCGGAGCCGGGAUGUGAGAGUGCUACACGAGGUGUUGCCAAGCGGGAGGACUGUAAAGGCUUUGCCAUUUUUUGGUGAUGCAGGUCUCGAUUCGAGGAAGGAGGAGGUGUCAACAGUAGAGUCUGAGGAGAACGAGUCGCCACAAUCAAAGCAUUGCACAUCUGUGGAGGUGAAAAAGGCGGACGUGGCACAUCCAGAGGGUGACUGUGAUGGUGCGGAGUUCAGUGUGGUCGAACAGGGAGUCGAGAUUGCUCUUGAGGAUCCAGAACAGCUCAAAUCUGUGGGGACUGAUAAUGUAGCUGAUGGAAAGGAGGACUUUAGGGAUGGAGUUGGAGAAAAAGGAGAGCCCAAGGCUAUGUCAGUAGGUGUUGCGCGCCCUGAAGAAGGUAGUGUUGGAGUGAAGCCGGAAGAGGGGGCCAGUGAUGUUGCUUUUGAUAGUGAAGAUGCUGGAGAGGUCUCAAUGGUCAAAGCGGUUUCAUUAUCUACUGCAGAAUUGGAUGGCGAUGAUCAGUUGGAUGCAGAUUUGGAUGAUCUGGGGUGUCUAAUCAAUGAUCUCUCAAUUGUUGAGCCAGAACAAUUUGACUCACCUACCGUAGAAGAUAAACAUUCUAGGCGAUUGAGCUAUGUGGGUGUGACAGACAGCUCUAAUUCCGCUAGUAGGAUGAUCAGAUCACGCAGCAUGGAUGCUUCAUCUGAUUUUGUUGCUAAUGAGUUUUUGGAUAUGCUUGGGAUAGAGCAUAGUCCAUUUGGAGCAACCUCAGGUAGUGAUUCAGAGUCACCAAGAGAGCGUCUUUGGAAGCAGUUUGAAAAGGAAACUCUAGCAUCUGGGAAUGGUAUUCUUGGUUUGGACUUUGAAGAUGAAGCGGAAGAACCUAGUAAUGAAGAUGAUAUGGAAGAAACCAUAGAAACCAGUUGUGAAGCACAUGAUUUUGAUCUCUCUACAAUCAUACGUGAGGCCGAACUUGAGCUUCAGAAUGCAGUUCAGCCCAUAGAGACCAGAUUUCGAGCCAAGUCGCUGGAAGAUGAAGAAACUGAAGCCUUGAUGCGGCAAUUUGGACUAAAUGAGAAGUCUUUCCAAUCUUCUCCACCCGGAAGUAGAAGUGGCUUUGGUAGUCCCAUUGACCUUCCACCUGAGUCACCCCUUGAGCUACCACCUUUGGCUGAUGGCUUGGGUCCAUUUGUUCAGACAAAAGAUGGAGGGUUUCUGCGUUCGAUGAAUCCAGUCCUAUUCAAAAAUGCGAAAAAUAAUUGCAGCUUGGUCAUGCAGGCUUCUUCACCAAUUGUACUACCAGCAGAGAUGGGCUCUGGUAUUAUGGAGAUACUGCAUGGUCUGGCCUCAGUGGGAAUCGAAAAGUUAUCAAUGCAAGCAAACAAACUUAUGCCCUUAGAAGAUGUCAAUGGCAAAAUGAUGCAGCAGAUUGCUUGGGAGGCUUCUCCAGCUCUAGAGUCUGCUGAAAGAUAUGACCUAUUGGAUGAUCAUAGCAUGGAUGCUUUAGCUGGAGGGAUUGGCAAUACUACCUUUGGAAAGAAUAAGAAGGGGAAGUGUACUGAUCUGUCAUCAUCAUUAGGUAGGGAAAGUACUUCAGAAUAUGUUUCACUGGAGGAUCUUGCACCAUUAGCCAUGGAAAAGAUUGAAGCCCUUUCCAUCGAGGGUCUCAGGAUACAAUCUGGCAUGUCAGAAGAGGAUGCACCCUCCAAUAUCAGUGCCCAGUCUAUUGGGGAAUUUUCAUCUCUGCAAGGAAAAUGUUCAGGGAAUACCCUCUCCCUUGGUUUAGAAGGAACUGCAGGGUUGCAGCUCCUAGAUGUCAAACAAAGCGGCGGUGAUGUUGAUGGACUUAUGGGUUUGUCAAUCACUCUUGAUGAGUGGAUGAGGCUCGAUUCUGGUGUAGUGGAUGAAGAUGACCAGUUCACUGACCGGACAUCGAAGAUACUUGCUGCUCACCAUGCUAAAUCAAUGGAAUUAGUUGCUGAAAACUGGAAUACAGAUAAAAAGAACAGGAGGUCUGGUAGAAGAUGGGGUUUGUUAGGGAACAACUUCACUGUUGCUCUCAUGGUUCAACUGCGUGACCCACUACGGAACUAUGAGCCAGUUGGCACGCCGAUGCUUGCUUUAAUUCAAGUGGAAAGGGUCUUUGUUCCCCCAAAGCCUAAGAUAUACAGUACUGUCACAGAUAGAGGUAACAGUGAGCAUGAUGAUGAGGAGCCCAAGGGUGAACAGGUUCUAGAAAAAGCAUUGGUCAAGGAAGAAAAGAUUGAGGAAGAACACGAUUCUAUUCCGCAAUUCAAAGUCACAGAAGUGCAUGUAGCUGGUUUCAAGAGCGAGCCUGAGAAGACAAAACCGUGGGGUAGUCAAACGCAGCAACAAUCAGGAUCAAGAUGGCUGCUUGCAGCUGGCAUGAGUAAGGGCAAUAAGCAUCCCCUGAUGAAAUCCAAAGCUAUCACAAAGCCAAGUAAAGAGGCAGCUGGUCAGUCAGGAGACACCCUUUGGAGCAUUUCUUCACGCGUACAUGGAGCAGGAACCAGAUGGGGUGAGCUAGCAGGGCCUAAGAGGAACCCGAAUAUCCUCCUUCAAAAGGAAAAACGAUUUCGGUGAUGGUUCAGAAGUUCUCAGUAAUUUGAACAUGGGAUUUGCUGGUUUGGAUUUAUCUGUUCAGGAAGGAGCCUAUUUGUCUGGAUCCUGUUCUCACUGAAAUAUUUCUAGUGGACUGUCAAGUCAUGCUAAUCUAGUUCCUAUAUACAUCUUUGAACCAUCCAGGCUCAGUCCAUUUACAUCUAAUCGGUUGUGCUCCUCUUGAACUCGCCUGUACUUGGCACUUUGGCAGUACUGAGAAACUAGUGUUUCUCCUCUCUUCAUACAAUUGAAAUAGUGGCUUCUGCAUGUGAAGUUGCCAUAGCAAUACUGCCUUCUCAUAUAUGUAGUUUUUCACUAUUGGUGUAGCAUCCAUUUGGCCACAAUCUGUUCCUGAUCUUACAUCCAUUUCUGUCAUGUUUUGCUGUCAAAACAUUGGUUGUGCAGUUCUAUUUUCAGAUAACUACAGUGAUGCAUUCACUGUAAUCCCAGUUUGCUCAUGCCAAAACGCUCAA